GCAAGGCGCAUGCUCCGAAAUCCCAGUCUCAGCCCUUGCUGCUGUUGCUGCUGUUUGGUUGCUUUUGCUUUGGCUGUCGGGGCUCAGUUUAAUAAGAGAGAGAGAGGGAGAGAGAGAAAGAGAGAAAGCGAGAGAGAGAGAGAAAGAGAAAAGAGAGAGAGAAAGAAAAAGAGAGAGAAACAGGGGAAGGGGAGGUGGGGGGGAAGACAGAGAAUGUCCGCCAUCUACCCUCUUCUCCGGGGCGCACUCUCAUUCAUAUCAGCUUCUUCAUGAAUUACAGCUGAGAAGGGGAGGGUGGGGGCGGGGGGGAGUCGGGGUACCAAAAAGCACCCCAGCAAACCUCCGGGCCCCCAGGCAUGGCCAGCUCGUGUGCUGUUCAGGUGAAGCUGGAGCUAGGGCACCGAGCCCAGGUUAGGAAGAAACCCACUGUGGAGGGUUUUACCCACGACUGGAUGGUGUUUGUUCGCGGACCCGAGCACAGUAACAUUCAGCACUUUGUGGAGAAAGUCGUCUUUCACUUGCAUGAAAGCUUUCCUAGGCCAAAAAGAGUGUGCAAAGAUCCACCUUACAAAGUAGAAGAAUCUGGGUAUGCCGGUUUCAUUUUGCCAAUUGAGGUUUAUUUUAAAAACAAGGAAGAACCUAAGAAAGUCCGCUUUGAUUAUGACUUAUUCCUGCACCUUGAAGGCCAUCCACCUGUAAAUCACCUCCGUUGUGAAAAGCUAACUUUCAACAACCCCACAGAGGACUUCAGAAGAAAGCUGCUGAAGGCAGGAGGGGACCCCAAUAGGAGUAGCCAUACAAAUAGCAGCAGCACCAGUGGUAACAGUUUCUCAAAACCUCACAAGUUAUCAAAGGAACAUAAGGAAAAACCUCCUAAGGACUCAAGAGAACAUAAAAGUGCCUUCAAAGAACCUUCCAGGGAACAUAACAAAUCUUCCAAAGAAUCCUCUAAGAAACCCAAAGAAAACAAACCACUAAAAGAAGAAAAAAUCGUUCCUAAGAUGGCCUUCAAGGAACCUAAACCCAUGUCAAAAGAGCCAAAACAUGAAAGCAGCUUACUUACCAUCACAGGUGGGCAGCCGCAAGACAAAAAAGCCCCCAGUAAAAGGCCCCCUGUUUCAGAGUCUGAGGACCUUGCAGCCAAAAAAAGGAAAAAAAGCAGCUCGGAGGCUUUGUUUAAAAGUUUUUCUAGUGCCCCACCACUUAUACUCACUUGUUCUGCUGAGAAAAAACCUACAAAAGAGAAAUCUCAUGUCAAGAUGGGAAAGGUAAAAAUGGAAGGUGACACAUCAGAGAAGAAGAAAUCAACUUUGCCCCCCUUUGAUGAUAUUGUGGAUCCCAAUGACUCUGACAUGGAGGAAAACAUGUCUUCUAAAUCUGAAGGACAUCCUGCAGAUCUUUCAGAAGAUUUGGAGAAUCCUGACUGGAAGAUGCGAGAGUCUGAACAGCCUAGUCCAGCCAGUUCAAGUUCAAGUUCAAGCUCCAGCUUUACUCCAUCCCAGACCAGACAACAAGGUCCACUAAGGUCUAUAAUGAAAGAUCUGCAUUCUGAUGACAAUGAAGAUGAAUCAGAGGAGGCGGAUGAAAAUGACAAUGACUCCGAAAUGGAGAGACCCAUAAAUACCCGAGGAGGCAGCCGGAGUCGCAGAGUUAGCUUAAGUGACGGUAGCGACAGUGAAAGUAGUUCUGCCUCUUCUCCUCUACGGCACGAACCCCCACCGCCUUUAUUAAAAACCAACAGCAACCAGAUUCUAGAAGUGAAAAGCCCAAUAAAGCAAAGCAAAUCUGAUAAGCAAAUAAAGAAUGGGGAUUGUGACAAGGCAUAUCUAGAUGAACUAGUAGAACUCCAUAGAAGGUUAAUGACAUUGCGGGAACGACAUGUCCUUCAACAGAUUGUAAACCUUAUAGAAGAAACUGGACACUUUCAUAUCACGAAUACAACCUUUGACUUUGACCUUUGCUCUCUGGAUAAAACCACAGUCCGUAAACUACAGAGUUACCUGGAAACAUCUGGAACAUCCUGAGAAUACAGCAACUGGAUACAUCGAAAACUUAUCGGGGCUCUUACUUUUUUUUUUUUUUUUGGUUGUGGUUUUUUUUUUUUUUAAUAUGAAACACUCAGAAUGAUGCAACCAAAAGGAAAAAAAUAAAAAUGAAACAACCCUCUUCAGCUUUAUUUUUCUUUAAAGCCAGUCAUCAUCUCUUGAUAAAGGAGAGGUUAAGUGACAAGACUCAGAGGAUCGCUCUUCUUACCAAGGAAAUACUCCAGAAGAGUCAGCCUGGAUAGCCUUGAAAAAAAAAAUGUCAAAACAAAACAAAAAACUCGUUCUUAAUGAAUGUGUAUGGUAUCAUGUAUCUCUCUGUGGGCUUCCAUUCCACAAGAUGAUUACAUGUUCAACACACUGCCUUAUAACUGAUCUAUUUAUUAUUGCAUACAGCUAUUCUAAUGUCAUUGAGGGAAUGACACUACCAGAUGUAAUAACUACUCGAGUCCCACCUAUGCUCCUUUGACGCAGGACCAGUACCCAGUGACCUUACCCAUUUUUAUGCCACUUAUUGAUGACUUUUCUUAGUCACUUGAAAUGUUACAAUCUUUCUGGUUAUUUUCUUCUUCUUCUUUUUUUUCUCUCUCUCCCAGUUCUGGAGACAAAGUACCAGUUGGGAAGGGGGAGGGACCAAACAGCAGUCCUGAUUUUCUUUGGGGUCUUUCUGUUUUGAGUUGGAUCCAGUCUGUCUGUAUCCAUACAUUAAUCUUGGAUCGUGGUAGAAAAUGCACCAAAUAGGAUCAUAAGACUUGCUCUCUAGCCUUAGUCAAUAAACCAGUAAGACUUAAAAAAAAAAGUGUUACUGUAAACUGUCCCAAAUCCAGCAUUUUGACCUGUCAUCAACAUUCUUAUGUCUGUUUAUCUGGAAAUGAAAGCAUUCCACAGGAUCAUCAAAUUUUUUUAAGGGAAAAAAAAAGAAUACUGGUCCUGUUUUCUAAAGAAACCUUGUAGAAAAUUCUUAAUUUGGACUUAUUUAUUAGUUGGAAUUUUCAACAUUCUCCUGCUGCCCAUGUGUUACUUACCUUUUUCAUAAAACUGGGAUAAGAGUUUUGUUUGUUAACAUGAUCUGCUUAGACUUUUUUUUUAAACCUUUGAAAAAUUAAAAUCCUUUCUUUGAAAAAAAUUCUUUGUUGUUCUACAAUGACAUUAGAUUAUGGACUGACUUGCAGUUUCAGCAGUUCAGUAGCUAUUUAGGUAGCAUACUUGUGUUUCCAGAAGAAUUCAGUUGCUGAAAAGAGGGUGAUUGUUUCAUUAUCUGAACCCUUAUGUUUAAACUAGGAGGGACUCUGUCCUGUGGCAUGUAAAACAAAUGAUUUUUUUCAAAGGUGGGGGGGAGGCCAAAAAUACUUUUGAUGCUGUUACUCCAUCCUCUCCAUGGAUCCCCUAAGUCCUUGAUAUAGGACCUCAUCCCUCUGAAAGGAAGAGAGAGGAAUAAAGAAAUACUGGAUCCAAAGGUUGGUUCAAUGGAUCGGCUUUAAGGAAACAUGAUGCUUGUUGAUAGAUCAGUAUCUCUCAUGUUUACUUACAUGCCAGAUACCGUCUUUUACAUAUUGGGAUUAGUGUCUGUAUAGUAAGUGGUAUUUCCAGGCGUCCAUUAAUGUAAAUGCGGAUUCAUAGUGGAGUUAUUUCUACAUAAUCAAAAUUGGAAUUUUUUUCAUUGUUUCUUUACGUCCAAAGAGAAGACUUUGUUUUUUUUUCUUUAAAAAAAAAAUCUUAAAUUAUGAUUCAAUCCAUGCUCCAUGGAAGGUCUCUGUAAGGCUUCUUCCAAAAGAACAAGUGUACUUUUUUCAGUAAUGUUAUGACUCUUAAUGAUGAUUGGCAUGAAACUUACUUGAAGCAUUUGUUGUUGUUGAGUCCACAUUUCAAUGUGCAAUUGCAGAAGAAUCUUCUUUCUGAAUCAUUUUGGACAUUUGGUGGUUGAUGUUGGGUUUUGUGUAGGUUUGGCUCUUUUUUUUAACGUUGUGGGGCUAGGGGAGGGUCAAUGUUUAUAUGAAACCGUUUGCAAAUUUUCAAAGCAAUCUUUAAAAAAAAAUGUUGAACUCCUAGUACACAGUCAACUUGGUAUCUUUUUAUUAGUUAAACCCAAUACUGACAUAUGUAGUUUGGACCAUUUUGACUUUUCUAACUAAAUUUUGUGGCAAAAACUCAGAAUUUGGGGAGGGGAAUAACUUUGCAUCCCUUUUGUAGAACUGUUAUUUACAUAAUGACAUUUCAUCUAUGAACUUAAUAACCAAGCACAAAGAAAAUAUAAGUAAUGUUCCAAAGGGAAAGAUGGGAAAAAUUAAAGGUACCUACUUUGGAGAUGAGCUUAGAUCCAUAUUUAGGAAAUUCAUUAAUUGCCUUGAAAACAUUGCCAAAAUGAAGAGUCUCAAUCUGUUAUUAAAAUUGGGAAGAAUGUAAUUAUUCCCUGUUCUUGGUGACAGCAAAAUGAGUUUUCCACAAAAUUUUGAUAGAACAAGAGUCAUGCGGUGUUGAUCUUUUUUAAAAAAAGUUUUACAUUAGCUAUUUUCAUCUAAUUUUGUAUGCAGAAACAAUAAAUCCUUUUUUCAAUUAUUUACAAUUAGUCAUACUUCUCUUAAAGUAACCCACAUAGAGCUGCCACAUUUAUAAAUGCUUGUCUUGAGAAUUUGUUAAAAUGUUGUUUAGCAUGCACUUUAUCCUGGUAAUAGUAACUUUGAUACAUUAACUACAAGAUGGUGUUUCUUGGGGGAAAGGGGGAAUUAACCACAUAUUUUUAUGCAUUUAACCCAUAUAUGUAAAAUCUUCCACUGCUGUGCUAUUAUUCUAGUUCUUUAUCAUGAUGACAAUGCCCCACUGGGUUCUGCAAGACUAUUCCAGUAGAUUGGACAUUCUGGAAAAGUCUACAAAGUUCUAAAUGGUCUAAACCUAGUAAUACCUGAGAAUGAACCUGGCUAAGGUCAUCAUCAGAGGUCUGUCUACAAGAUGAUGAAUGCUUUUUAGCCAAGACAACUUGUGAAACAAUCCAACAUAUAGUUGCAUUUAGCCUAUGUCAGCGAAGAGUGGAUCCACCCUAAAAAUCAUGCAUCCACAGGAAGAAUCUGAUUUCAUCAGCCAGGAUAGGAACUCUUAGUAUGGGACCUCCCUUCACUGGCUUUGAUUGAAACCCCUCUAGGGUUAUCAGAUAAGUUCUAGUGCCUCAGGUACAUAAAGGUUAAGUGAUUUGCCCAGGGCCACCUAAGUAGUAUCAUAGGUACAAUUUGAACCCAAGUUUCCUUGAUUCCAAACCUAGCAUUUGUUAAGUGCAUAGUAUUUCCUGGCAUGGUACUAAGUGAUGGAAUAAUAAAGGCAAAAAUACACAACAUAGUCCCUGCUCUCAAGGACCUCAGGCUAAUGGAGACCACAUGAAAAUGACUAUACACAGUGUAUAUAGAGUGUAAAUAGAAGCUAAUCUGAGAGGGAAGGUACUGAAGUGGGUGUAUGUGUGGGGGAGAACCUUGAAUUUUGCAGAAUGGGUAAUUAAGCUGUCUUCAGAGAAGCCAGGAAGGAGAGAAUUCUAGGCCCAGGGGACAGCCUGUGAAAGGCAUGAGGUUGGAAGCUGGAGUGUCCUGUGCAAAGAAUAGCCAGUAAGCCAAGUGUAGCUUGUACGCAGGGUGGGAGAUAGUGUUAAGACAUGGAAAAAGUAGGAAAGGGCCAGCUUGUGAGGGCCUUUCAACACCAGAGGGAUUUUCAUUUGAUCCUUCAAUUAUGUAUUAGGGAACUAUAGUGUGUGUUAAGUGUGAGGGGGUAACAUGGUCAAAUUUGUGUUUUUGGAAAUGGUUUUGGCAGCUUAGUGUAGGAUAAAUUGGAAUGGGGGAAAAUGAGGUAGGAAGACUAUCUAUACAAAAGUCAGUAUGGGAUGAUGAAGGCCUGUACUAGGGUGCAAGCUGUGUGAGCAGAGAGAAGGGGGCAUUGGAGAUAAUGUGAAGGUAGAAAUAACAAGAUGACAAAAAUAUUGGAGGGUAAGUUUGAAAAUGUGAGGAUAACAUCAAGAUUAUAAGCCUGGGUGACUCCAAAAAUGGUAGUGCCUUUGACAGAAAGUAAUAAGUUGGGAAGAGAGGGAAGGUUUAGUGGGAAAGAUAAUUCUAUUUUGGGCAUGUGACACAUUGAAUCUGAAUGAAUAUGGAACACCUGUCCUAAAGUCAAGUUGGCGAUAUGACACAGAGCUCAAGAGAGAGACUAGGACUGGAUAUAAAAAUGUGGAGAUAUAUAUGACAUAUAUGACAUCAUUUGCGUAGAUGAUAAGUGGAUGAAUGGGAGCUGAUGAGAUUGCCAAGUGAGCUAAUACAGAGGGAGAAAAGAAGACCUAGGACAGAGCCUUAGAGGUCAAGCAUGAUUAGUUGGAAUGACCUGGAUGAUUAAACAGCAAGGGAACCUGAAGAGGAGCAAUCUAGGUAGGAGAAUCAGGCUGGAAUAAUGUCGUGAAAACCUAAGGAGAGAGAGUAUGAGGAAAAGAAGGUGAUCAACAGUGUUAUGUGCUGCAGACAGGUCAAGAAGUAUAAGUCCAUUAAAUCUGAUGUGAAAAGAUGACUUGGUAACUUUGAAGAGAGUAGUUUCAUUUGAAUGAUGAGGCCAGAAGUCAAAUUGCAAAGUUAUCUGGUAGUGUGAGUGACCGGAGAGGAAUUAAAAGCUUCCCUGAAAGUUAUGGACCAUAACACUAUGACAGGCUAAGAGGGAUCACUCUAUAAAAAUUACAAUGUUUGGUGCAUGUUCUCUGUGUGUAUAUGUGUACAAACAGCACAUAUACACAUACAUAUAUGUGUGUGAAACAACCUGUAGUUUAAUUAGUAUUGAGAACUCCCAGUGAGGAAACUACCUUUACCAGUGAAAAUGGGUUCUACAACCUAGAGUGUGGCCUUGAGCAAUGAGAGAGUAAGGAAUUUGACUAGUCAUACAGCCAGAAUAACUCAAGGAUGAAACUUGAACCUAGGUUGAUACCAACUUCAUGUUCUUGCUAUGCCAUGCUACCUCUCAGUGUAUGAUAUAUGACAAUGUAUCAGAACAAAUAUAUACAUAUAUGAUCUAAAUAUACAAAAUGUAUAUGAAAAGACAAUUAACUAAGGACAUAUAGAUAUGCCAUCAAAUCCAUCAGACAUCAGGUUAUCCAUAAUACUUAAAACAUUCUCCAAUGAAGUGAUGAAAAUUACAGUGUGGCAUGAAUUAUGAACAUUUUGCUUAUAAAUUAACACACUUUGUGAAUUUUAGUAUAGCAUAAUGAGAGGCCAGUCUUAUACAUAAGGAUGAUAAAAUUAUUUUAAGAGAGCCACAGUUGUGUGAUCAUAGACCAUCAAUUGGAGAGCAGUUAUUGAUUCCUUUUACCAAUGAAAUCUCAGGUUCAUUUCUGCUCCCUCCAUGAAACAAAAGGUCAUCUUAGCACAAAAAGUUUCUGCAACUAUUUUGUCAUCUGUAAAUCCAAAGAGAAAUUUCUUUUUCUAUUAAAAAUUCUCCUCAUAUUUCUGAGCAUAUAUGUGGGUAGCAAUAUCAGAAAUGAAUAUAAAAGCAAAAAGAAAUCUAAGGUCAGGAAAAAAUACCAUAGUGAUAUACAUUUAAAAAAUAUUGCUAACCAAUUUCAUACAUUUCAGUUUGAGUUGUCAGUUCCCUUUAUGUUCAAGGUCAAUUGAAUGAUUCCCCACUUUUGAAAUCCCAACAGUGAAACAAUUUAUAUUUUUAUAUACCCAUUUUGACACAACUAAGUUACUUAAAUAUGAAAUAAAAUACCUUGCAUUAUUUUAAGCCUUUGAAAGGUUAAUUAUCAGCAAAAUUUGAUAACUAUGGGUAUUUAGUCUUUUAAAAGUUUUAAUUUCACUUUUAAGCACCAUUCAGUAUUAUGAAUCAUAAGCUUAAUUUAUUUUUGAUUGAUUGGGAGAAUUAGGAUGCUUUUGAAUGCUUUCUGUAACACUGUGCUCAUUUUCCACCUUUAUAGUUUAGGUACCUUCCUUUCUUUAUCAAGAACUAAUUCUAUUAGGUACCCAGUGACUUGUUAUUUUCUAUAUUCCUUGUUAAGGGCACAUUGAGAAAAUAGACUAUAAGUCAGAAGUACUGAGCUACUUGCUUUUGAUUAGAUGCAAAUAUGUGUUUUGCCUCUUGUACUAUAACCUUAACAAGAAGAGUGAAUUAUAAAGAAAAUGUCAGUUGAUUUUUUUUUAAACCAGUGGGAACUUUCACAUUAAAAAACAAUACAUAUUAAUUAAAAGUUCAUUAAGAGGGGCAGCUAGGUGGCACAGUGGAUAGAGCACCGGCCCUGGAUUCAGGAGUACCUGAGUUCAAAUCCGGCCUCAGACACUUAAUACUUAACUAGCUGUGUGACCCUGGGCAAGUCACUUAACCCCAAUUGCCUCAAAAAUAAAAUAAAAAUAAAAACAUAAAAAGUUCAUUAAGAUGAAAAAAGUCAAGAAGUAUUACAAUGAUGUCAGCAUCUCUUUGAUAGAUGAUUUUGUAGAGAAAAAGCAAGACAGAUAUCUAUGUAAACACAAGUGCGUAAGAACACUUUGAUGUGCCUUUAUACCAGUGGUCCCCACACCUGGAGUCAAUUUCCUCUGCACUUAUGCUCUGCCUAGUAGAUCUCUAGCUUCCUUCAAAGCACAGCUCAGGUAUCACCUCCUAGAUAAGACCUUUCUUCUUGCCUCUACUUACUCCAGUAGUAUUCUCCUUGAAAUUACUUUGUAUUACUUUGUAUAUACUGUUCUUUGUAUUCAUUUACUUAUUUAAAUGUUGUAUAUUGACU